AUGGCAAAAACCAACUGGACCUCCUUCACGAUGGAGUUCAUUCUCCUGGGACUCUCGGACCACCCGAAGCUAGAGAAGAUUUUCUUCGUGCUGGUCUUACUGAUGUACCUGGUGAUCCUACUGGGCAAUGGGUUACUGAUCCUGGUGACCAUGCUGGACUCCCACCUGCACACACCCAUGUACUUCUUUCUGGGCAACCUCUCUUUCCUGGACAUCUGCUACACCACCUGCUCGGUUCCUCUGGUCCUGGACAACUUUUUGACCACCAGAGAAACCGUCUCCUUCUCAGCCUGUGUGGUACAGAUGACGCUCUCCUUUGCCAUGGCAGGGACAGAGUGCCUGCUUCUAAGCAUGAUGGCCUUUGACCGCUAUGUGGCCAUCUGCUGGCCCCUUAGGUACCCCAUGAUCAUGAGCAAGGCUACCUACGUGCCUAUGGCUGCCAGCUCCUGGGCUGUUGGUGGUGCUGCUUCUGUGGUACACACCUCCUUGACCAUCCGGCUGCCCUUCUGUGGGGACAAUGUCAUCAACCACUUCACCUGUGAGAUUUUGGCUCUCCUGAAGUUGGCAUGCGCUGACAUUUCCAUCAAUGUGAUCGCGAUGGGCGUGACGAAUCUGAUCUUUCUGGGGUUCCCUGUGCUGUUCAUUUCUGUCUCCUACGUCUUCAUCAUGGCAACCAUCCUGAGGAUCCCCUCAGCAGAGGGUCAGAAGAAGGCCUUCUCGACCUGCUCUGCCCACCUCACGGUGGUGGUCAUCUUCUAUGGGACCUUGUUCUUCAUGUAUGCAAAGCCCAAGUCGAAGGACCCGCUCCGGGCAGACAAGCAGGAUCUUUCAGACAAGCUGAUCUCCCUCUUCUACGGGGUGGUGACCCCCAUGCUCAACCCCAUCAUCUACAGCCUGCGGAACAAGGACGUGAAGGCUGCUGCGCGGAAUCUGGUGGCUCACAAACACUUCAGCCCGUGA